GCGCGCUUAGUCCAAGGGAUGUCGGGGAAGAUACGAAUUUGGUAAAUGCCGAGGGACGCAUUGUUUCGGAGUAGGUGUGCUGACAACAGGACAUCCUCCAUAGCCGGGCCUGGCUGCAAGUCAACACGCAGAAGUCUUGGCUUACCGGCGUUCGGAGAUGAAGUGUGGCGAGUCAGUCUUGUGAGACUAAUGGGUUUCGUUUCAGGGAGGUUUAACGCGGUACAGAUUGAGCUCCACAUAGUGGAAUCAUGAGAAUGUCGAUUCUGAAGUUGCGGGUCGUUGGACUCGGGCACGUUUGUACAUAUGACAGAAUUAGGAUCAGGGCUACUGGUUAUUCGCCUAGACGAACGCGGAUGUGAAGCGGUAGCAAGCUUACUUGGUGGGCGGGCCUCCGUCGGAAGCGUUGGUCGUCGGCAAGUGUUGGGCAGACCAGCAGUUGGUAACGGUGAGACGGUACGUGAUUCAGGACGGUUGGGAGGUUGUUGUCGUCGUUUGGUUAGACCGUCGACUUUCCGCAAUAGAUUCUGUAGCUGUUCUUCCAGAUUAAGCAAGCGCACUUCUGAGCGAGCAUUGUUGCUAGGCGGCUCAACGAAUCGUGGUGACCGGGGCGACUGCGUCUGCGAAUGCUUGUUACGCGGUGUGGAGGGCGGGUUAGUGGGAGACGAGAUUACAGAACCAACCAUAGGGCAAGUCGUUGAGGAAAGGUCGCAAGAAAUAUCCCGCACGUAGUUCGCAAUUCUGGGAAUGCAACCUGGGCAAAUGUACCGCAGGACCGUCUGUGGAUGCGAGCGACAGAAUUCGAUGUCAGCUGCAUGGAGCGAGUUGUCACAAGGAGCGUGAACACGGUGAAGACAGAUCGAGCAGGUGAUGGCUUUGGAACGAGGUCCUACACGCUGAGUGCAGAUAGAGCAGGUGUUCAGUAGCCGCAUUGGCGUCGUGGGCGAGACCGAAAUGAUCGGCAUGGUCAAACAGAUGACGUACAGAUGACACAAAUAUCUGCAAAUAAACGUAGUGGACUACCUGUCUCAAGAGAACAGAAUGCGCAGGAGGUCGCUAUCCGC